UUUCUUUUUUGGCUAAUCUGACCAUCUGUGUAAUCUGUGGUCAUUAUUGCCUAGUGUAAACUGUUUUAUCCUAGAACUAUGCAAGGCUAUUUGAAGUGCUAAGUGUUUUGUGUUACGCAUUUUAAGGUAAGUGACUUCUGUGAAAUUCUUUUUGGAUAAGAAAUGUAGACCACCUUAUAGAUUGGGUAUUGUAAGCUUGUCCUGGAUUACCACGAGUUUGGUUUACUCAGGAAUCACUUCACUUUGGUGUGGCCUAGUGACCUCUGUUGUUACACACCAGAUACUUACUUAUAAAUUGUCUCAAAGACAGAAGCCAGCCACAGGCUGCAUCACCUGGUGACUGCAUUUUUAUAUGAAAAUUUUUAAUUGAUAGUGUCACUUCUGAUUUGAUAUGUAGCUACACAUACACAUUAUGGUUUUUGGAUAGUUCUUGUUCUUUAUUCUCCCUAUUUUUCUUUUACUCUUUUUGUUCAGUUUAUAGUUUUAUUCUAGGAUGAAGGCUGGGAUUUCUUACAGUCCUGGGUUUCAAUACCACAUAUAGCUACUGAUUUACCAAGUUUGUUGAGCACAUUGCACUUUUUUUUUAAAUUCUCUUCUAUAAACAAAAAAGAGUGACUGUAAAUCCUGUUGUUAAGAUACUGUAAUCACAACAGCUUAUUGCUCUAGAUGCUAUCUGAUAGUUGGAUUAUUUUUAUCCUCUUUUGAGGAAGAGAAGAAAAGCUACUGGUCCAAAAGUAUUGGUAUGCUUAAAGUCAUGUAAGUUGGAACCAUUAUAAAAUGAUAGAAACCAUUAUAAGUUUACAAAUACAUUACAAGCCAGGUCAGGACUAAUAACAAAUGGCAGUUAGGAGCUUUUGUGUGUUUGAGAAAAACGUCUGUCUUAGCUGACUUAUUUUUAAGUUAGUGAAAUUAUCCUAUAGUAAGUCUGUCUACUAUUAUUAAGCAGAAACUGUAACUGUUUUUCUUGCUUUACAACUGUAAAGAUGUGGUUAAUAAUUUUUGAAUUUCAGAGUUUAAGAACCUUAUGUUCCUAAGAAAUUGGUAUCAGUUAAGAUUUUAAACCAGUUGACUUAAUAUGACUUUCGAGAUGCUACUUCUUUUAUUACCUUUAGCUGACAUUAGCCUAACACCUGGCUUUAGUGUCUUUUUCUGCAAAGUGUUCUUAAGCAUGUCCUUAAGGCUUAUUGGACUAAAAGAAUGAAAAGGAGUUCUGUCAGUCUAUUUGGAAAGACAAAAUGCUUCUGAAAUGUAAUUCCUAAUUUUUGGUUUAUUUUUACAUAUUCCUUUUUUUUAACUAAAUUUUUUUCCUGUGUAAAAUGUCAGACCUGCUUGUUAUACUUGGCAAGAUAAUACCAAAAGAUAGUUAAAAUGUAAGGAUAAUUAUUUGUUGGUUCAUAAUUUUCUUUAUUAACAAGAACUUUUGCUUGCUGUGUCUUCAUUUGUGUGUCCAGAUGUCCUCUUAGGCCUUCCUCCUUCCUUUCUUUUGUUCCUUAAGUUUAUAUAAAUAAGCAACACGUGGAAAUUGGUUCUUUUUCCUCCUCAUUCCUUCUGUAGGAGGGACACGUACAUCAUUUUAUACAACUGCAGUUUAAAAGAAUUAGGUUGAAAUUGGUUGUUUGAAUGUUUCAGAAAAUUAGUGUAUUUUAGCAAUAUUAUGUUGUAUCUUCUCUCUGUCCCCCCCUAAUAAAUGAUUUCAAAACACCAUACUAUCAUUAUUUUGGCUUCAUACUUUUACUAAUCCUCACAACAUUCCUGUAAGGAGAUAGAGGGUAUAUGGUAUUGUCGCUGUUUUUGUAGGUGGGAAAACAUGAUGCACACAUCUGUUGACUUUCCUAACUUGAUGUAGUCAGGACCAGAGCAGAGAAUCACCUGGCUUCUAAGGCCCAUGUUCUAUCUUGAUUUGACUUUGCUUCAUAGGGCAGAGGAAACAGGCGAAGAAUCAUUUUCAGUACAAAAUGGUUCGAUUCAUCAAAAAGAUGCUGUAAAUGAUGAUGAUUUUGAGCCAUACUUAAGUAGCCAGACAAAUCAGAAUACCAGCUAUCCACCAAUGUCAGAUCCAUAUAUGCCUAGUUACUAUGCUCCAUCCAUUGGAUUUCCAUAUUCUCUUGGGGAAGCAGCAUGGUCCACGGCUGGAGACCAGCCUGUGCCGUAUCUGACACCCUAUGGACAAAUGAGUAAUGGAGAGCAUCAUUAUAUACCAGAUGGUGUUUUUAGUCAACCAGGGGCAUUAGGAAAUACCCCUCCAUUUCUUGGUCAACAUGGAUUUAACUUUUUUCCUGGUAAUGCUGAUUUCUCUACAUGGGGGACAAGUGGAUCUCAGGGACAAUCAACACAAAAUUCUGCUUAUAGUAGCAGUUACGGCUAUCCACCUAGUUCUCUUGGGAGAGCUAUUACUGAUGGACAGGCCGGAUUUGGCAAUGAUACUUUGAGUAAGGUGCCUGGCAUUAGUAGUAUUGAGCAAGGCAUGACUGGACUGAAAAUUGGUGGUGACCUGACGGCUGCAGUGACAAAAACUGUAGGUACAGCCUUGAGCAGCAGUGGUAUGACUAGCAUUGCAGCCAAUAAUGUACCCCCUGUUAGCAGUGCAGCACCUAAACCAACUUCUUGGGCUGCUAUUGCCAGAAAGCCUGCCAAACCUCAACCGAAACUUAAACCCAAGGGCAAUGUGGGCAUUGGGGGUUCUGCUGUGCCACCACCUCCUAUAAAACACAACAUGAAUAUUGGAACUUGGGAUGAAAAAGGGUCAGUGGUAAAGGCUCCACCAACCCAACCAGUUCUGCCUCCUCAAACUAUAAUCCAGCAGCCUCAGCCAUUAAUUCAACCACCACCAUUGGUGCAAAGCCAACUGCCUCAACAGCAGCCUCAGCCACCACAACCACAGCAGCAACAAGGACCUCAGCCACAGGCCCAGCCUCACCAAGUGCAGCCUCAGCAGCCACAACUGCAGAACCGCUGGGUAGCUCCUCGGAAUAGGGGAACUGGCUUCAACCAGAAUAAUGGAGCAGGCAAUGAAAACUUUGGUUUAGGUGUUGUACCAGUUAGUGCUUCACCUUCUAGUGUAGAGGUGCAUCCAGUGCUGGAAAAACUAAAGGCCAUAAACAACUAUAAUCCCAAAGACUUUGAUUGGAACCUGAAGAAUGGACGUGUGUUUAUAAUUAAGAGCUAUUCCGAGGAUGAUAUACAUCGUUCCAUUAAGUACUCUAUCUGGUGUAGUACUGAGCAUGGUAAUAAGCGUUUGGAUGCAGCUUAUCGUUCCCUGAAUGGGAAAGGCCCGCUCUAUUUACUCUUCAGUGUGAAUGGCAGUGGACAUUUUUGUGGAGUGGCUGAAAUGAAGUCUGUUGUGGACUAUAAUGCAUAUGCUGGUGUCUGGUCUCAGGAUAAGUGGAAGGGCAAAUUUGAAGUUAAAUGGAUCUUUGUCAAAGAUGUUCCCAAUAACCAAUUACGACAUAUUCGCUUAGAAAACAAUGACAACAAACCAGUAACCAAUUCAAGGGACACUCAAGAAGUACCCCUAGAGAAAGCAAAGCAAGUGCUUAAAAUAAUUGCUACUUUCAAGCAUACCACCUCAAUCUUUGAUGACUUUGCACAUUAUGAAAAGCGUCAAGAGGAGGAGGAAGCCAUGCGAAGGGAGAGAACUAGAAACAAGCAAUAACCACCGUGUGGAGAUGUCCUGUUAAACGACAACACUAAUGAUGCAGACUCUGGAAAUGCCUAAGACGUCAGAGAAGACUAAGUUAGCAAAGCUUUCUUUCUGCUUAAGGUGACAUCUUUGAACACUUUAACACGAGAUUGACUCUUCUUGUGAUGGUUUUCAUCAACGCAUCUGCCCUUAUACUCUCACCAAACACACUUGAGAACUGUAACUUCAUCAAGCACUUUCUGUCCUGAAGCUUUGACCAGUACCUGCUGUCUUUUGUAAUUAUGCAUCCUAGCUAAGGCACAGAAGACUGAAUGAAUGCAAGGAUUCAUUAACUCUUUGAAUUUGUUAAGUACUAACAGUUAACCAUUAGAAGUGGUUCAAUGAUGUAAGAGUCUCACUGCUUCAACCUUUUCUUUGUUGUAGUUUUUAAAUUGUCAAUUUUUAGCUAUUUGACAGAUUAAAAGCAAAAUAAUCAUGCCAUAUUUAGUCCUGGAGUUGAAGUCUGAAUGUUUAUGUGAAAAAUUAUUGUAGUAAACUUUUAAUAUGGCAAAGCAACCUUAUGCUCUAUUUUAGCCAAAAGAAACAUAAUCUAAAAUUAUAUUAGAAUAUUUCCCUUGUCUUCAAACUAUUUGGUGUAACAGAAUAUUGAUAUGCAGCUUGGUGGACUUCACCAAUUAAUGCACACCCCUCCCCAAUUAUAUGUACACUGAGAAUGUGUAUUGGUUUGAGGGAUUAAUUAUUUUGUUUCUACCACUUAAUGAAUCUCAACAUUUUGAGUAAAUGUACCUCAGUCUAAUCAGACUUUUUAUGACCUUUAUAACUACAUUUAAAACCCUUCAAUCCUGUUUCUGGGUGUUUGCGAGCGGAUUGCUAUCAUGAAUUAAAAAUUUAUUACUCUAGGUACUCAACUAGCUAAAUAAACAUAGUUCUUGUUUAGCAAGCAUAUACUGUUCCUCAGUUCUUCAGCUUUUGCAGUGUCCUGGCAUCCUUAAAAUACUUUGAAAAUAUGGCCUUGAUCCAUGAAUUAAAUCAGUAUCUAAGUGAAUGUGUUGAUGUUUUAUUGAUCAGAUCUAUAUAAGUGGGAAUACAGCAUAUAACUGGGUAUUCUUAUAAUUACCUUUUUAACAUCCUAUUUUUUUCAUUAAUUACAUAUCAACAUUAAUUUUGUAUCUUGAAACAAAUUGAUUUUGUAUAAUUCAAUGUGUUGUGCAUCUGUAUUGAGUGAUUUGAUGGCAUAAGGUUAUGAAAAUAAUGUCCUGCCCCUUAUCUUACUGUUUUGAAAGGAGAAAGCUAUGUAGAAUGAUAUGUUAAAGGUGAAAAUAGCAAUACAGUAGAUUUGAAUACCUUGAUGUUUUGCGUUACUCCAUUUAUGUUUACAUCGUGUUUAGAAAUUUUCAUUUGCUCUCGUCUUUGCUCACUUCAACUCAAAAGCCUCGUGAUGGAUAUUUCUUUUGAAACUUUGAUUUAUAUAAUUUUUGUACAAUGUUUUAGAAUUGCAAAUAUUGUAUUUUUUAUUAGAAUACAGUAUUUGUAGAUAACCAUAGCUACUUCACAGUUACUUGGUAGUCCCAGUGUGGUUAUGUCAGUGUUUACUGAAGGGAACAUCAAAAUGUUAAUGGUAUACUAAAGAAUGAGAACUUUCAUAAAGGAAAAUUGCACCUAUUUUACCUUUUUGAGACUAAGCCAUGAAAUCUUGUAACAUGUCUCUUAACUAUUUAUAAUGAAAAUUGGCAUUUGGGUAUAGCCAGCACAGCAAUGUUCUAUAUCCCUAAGAUUGUAUAGGUAGGACAUUUCAAAGAUGACACCUGUCAUUCUGGAGCUCCUACUAGAGAAAACUGUAAAAGGGUGACCUUGUCGGAAGGAGCUGAGUCCUCCCCCUGAGGUUCUCUUUUUCUUGGUGCUUUAUUAGCAACUCUGGAUAUUUUUAUAAAACUAGUUACAUUAUAAACUAAUUCAGUCUUGUUUAAUUUACAUUAGGUUUUAUGUAAGGAAUGUCAUCGAAAUACCCAACGAAGCAGGCUUAUUGCAGUAGACGCAGACAGGGCCCGUGUAGCUGAGUCUGUUCGUGGUGAGAAGAACAUCCCAGUGCCUUUAACCUGAAUUUCUAAUCUUAAGUGAAAUGGGUGCAGCAUUCCUUUGGGAAAAAAGCUUCCACUUGGUAAUUUUGUGUUUUUCUCACCUAAGUAUUCCCCAAAGCACCAACCUUCUCUUCCUUCUUGGUCAGUCAGUAUAUUACAAGAUAUUUUUCCAUAAAAUGAAAUCAUUACAGGUUGUCUCUAGAGUACAACCAGAGGAAUGUUUCUUAACUGCGGGGACCAAAAGGGAGAGAGCCUGGGCUCUACAAGGGUAGAUUUAUAAUAAAAUGUUUGAAUAAUCUUAAAUUAAGACAUUAUUGGUCCCGUGAUUUCUUGCUUAAUAUUUUUCCAAUUUGUCAUUUGAAUGAUUCUAUUAAAGUUAUCUUAUGUGGGUAUUUUAUUUUUAAAGGUAUUAUAGUUUGUAUAUUUAACAGUAAGGGGGAAAGUGUAACCAAAAUUAGUAUUCUCUCACUAUACAUAUUGGUACUUGAAAAUUCCUUUAAAAAACAAGCAAAAAACUCUGCCUUUUAGUGCUUAAUUCCUCAUUUUAACAUGUGAUCUUUUAAUUGAAAAGCUGUGUUAUUUUUGAGUACCAUGCAUGAGGGUUAAGCUGAUGUUCAAACAGUUUGCAAUAAAAAAAACUCAAUCAGCUUAAGUCAUUCAAUCAUUUCAAGUGCAUUCUGCAUCCUUUAAAAGUAAGUUUGUGAGAUUUUAAGAGAAUUGUGUUUUCAUUAAGUUUUGCAUAUCUUUUGUUAUGCCAUGUAAAUUCCCUUUUUCAUAUGAUUAAAGGAAGGGUAUGAUGAAAUGAUUAGUUCAUACAUUCACUUGUAGCAGUUAUCAAUGAGAAUUUGAAUUUUGUCGUGUUUGGGUUUGUUCAUUCCUGUGAAUGAUGGUACAGUAGGUGAGAUUUUUUUUUUUUUUGUUAUGGUACAGAACUCACCAUUUGGUCCUCUUUAAUCUUUGAGGGUUUCAAUAAAAAUUGUUCACUCA